ACUUUAGGCAUAUGCACUAUUUAGCUCAACUAACUAACUUUCGCGAUUUCUGAUCGAUUUUGAACGAAAAUUGACUGCAUAAUGGAUUACUUUACUGUUUACCAGUUUAGUGUUACAUCCACGUUAUAUAUAAAAUAAGUUUAAAUCAGAUUUUAAAACAUAGCAAACGUUAAUAAGUCGUGUCGUGAGUUUUAGUUUACAAACUUGUAAAAUGUGGGAUUUCCAACUUCGUUUUGCCGUUGAAGGGCUCUGGAUUUAAUUAUGGAAUUUGAAAAACAGAACAAGUUAAAGCAUAAGUUACAUUUUUAGUAAACACGUCAUGGUGUUUUCUGUAUUCAAACGUUAAAAAAGAAGGUGUUAAUAUUGUUGUUACAUCAAGUUCAGAUAUGGGGGAUGAAAGAAUUGCUUUUUUGAAAUUGCUUAUCAUUACCAUGGAGAAAUUACUGUUUUAAAUAUGUUACUUUUCUGAUGAAUCAACCAUAUGAUGAAACCAGUGACAUUUCUAACUUCCAAGAAUUGGAAGCUCGAGUGAGAAGACCAGAAUUGGAUGAUGACCCACAGAACAGAGAGGAUGAAGAAACAGAAAUUCAAGUGGCAGCUUUUGGGUUUUCAGAUAACAGUUUAUCCUCUGAUGAUGAGUCAGUUAGCUGGAGUGGCUUGACAAGAAGUAGCAGAAUAAAUUUGGAUGAGGAAUUUUACAUAACUGAAGAAAGGGACAGGUUGUAUUCCCAGCUCCCCUGUGGGAAGAAUGGAAGGAUAUAUGAUUCUGCUGAUUAUGAACAUCUACGUGUGUCUGUUGAAGUCAAGGAAUUGUUCCAGUCCAUAUCAAGGUAUAAUACUCAAACCAUAGAGCUGGAUCACAAGUUAAAGCCUUUUAUCCCAGAUUUUAUUCCAGCAGUGGGAGAUAUUGAUGCCUUUUUAAAGGUAUGGAUCUUGUCUCUCUGUAGUGGUGAAAUUUUCAUGUACGUGUCUUGUGUCUCUCUGUACUGGUGAAAUUCUCA